AUGUUUAAACUCGGCGUUAUCGGCGACGAAGUCUCGCAGGACUUCGCCACCGUUGUCAAUUUUGUCAAAGAUUUCAACCUACACUCCAUCGAAAUUCGCUCUGUCUGGGAUAAACUCCCGCACGAACUCACCGAAGCCGACAUUGACGAGAUGAACGUCUACUUGACGGCACUGACAUUGAGAUUAUCGGCGUUGCAUCCCCGUUUUUAAAUGCGAUAUGGACAACGCAGAAGAACGGAAAGAGCACCUUGAUAUACUGAAAGGACUGCAUCCGCACAGCAAAGGCAUUGAUACCAACUCAUCCGUACCUUGUCUUUUGGGACACCGGCGAAACCGAGGAACGUUGGGACGAC